GGUAGGUACAUCAUAUAUCUUUAUUGUGCGUGGUACGUACGUUGUAUAUAUAUCGUUGUUCAGACAGUUAGAAAAGAAGAUCGAUCGAGCUCGAUCUGUCAUCGACAAUCCAAAAUAUUAUUCCACUUGCAUCUGCAUGCAUACAGAUACAGGCUCUCUCUGCCUCCUGAUCUCUUUGUAUCAUAUCGAUGUCGUGGUUGUCGCAGGCAGAAGCUGGUGGUGGUGGGCGCAGCAAGAAGUCAGCAGCAGGUGAGUUGACGACGACAAGUGAAAAGAAGAAGAAGACGAGGAGGAGGAAGGUGGCGGUGGUGUACUAUCUGUGCCGAAGCCGGCAGGGAGGGCUGGAGCACCCACACCUGAUGGAGGUGGAGGUGGGCGACGGCGAGGAGCAAGUGCAUGUGCAGCUGCGGCUGCGAGACGUGACGCGGCGGCUGGACGCCCUGCGAGGUAAGGGGAUGGCGGCCAUGUACUCGUGGUCGUGCAAGCGGAGCUACCGCGGCGGCUACGUGUGGCAUGACCUCUCCCACCCGGACGACCUCCUGCUCCCUACAGGACCCCACGACUACGUCCUCAAGGCCUCCCUUCUCCAUCUCCACCACCUCAUCGAUCCUCCUCCUCGCCACCAUCCCUUGAUCACCUCCACCAGCAGCAGCGCUCAUCACUCUUUGCCACCUCAUGCUGCCGCUGCUGCUCACGUCUCUCUUGUAUCCUCUUCUUCCACCGACGCCAACGCCAACAGCGUCGUCGUUGGCGAUGACCAAUGCACCUCCUCCUGUAGGACUCAGCCACAUUCAUCAUCGUCGUCGUCGUCAUCUUCUUCCUCCUCUGCCUCUUCUUCAGGCAGCAGCUCGUCCCAUAAUAACAACAGCAAAGAGAAAGAGGACGAGAAGCAAGUAGUGGGCGAGGCGCGCAGGCCUGCAGCAGCUGUGGUGGUUGCGUCGGCGGCAACGCAGACAGAUGACGACAGCUCCUUUACUGUUACUGGAUCGAUUGCGGCGCCAUCUGCCCAAAAGCAGGGAGCGGCAGGAGGAAGAGGCAGCAGCAGCAGCAGCAGCCGGAGCCUCGAGUCACUGAUAAUGGCCGAAUAUUCCGGCUUCAGGAGUAUGCUGGAAGAUGAUGAAGAAGAAUCAGCAGGAGGCGCAGAUAACAGCAGCAGAAGAAGAAGAAGCUGUUCCAUGUCGAUUUACAGGGUGAAGCCGGCCAACCUGCUCAUGCGUCUCAUCGCUUGCGGUUGCGGCUCCUCCAUUCCCAUUCCAGCGGCUGCGGCUGCGGCUGCUAAGCAGCAGCUACAGCAGGUUGAGUCUUUGCCAUUGUCGCCGGUGCUGUCUCCUCUGUCUCAUCUCGUCAAUAAGCAGCAGCUGCCUCAUGAGCAGGAUCGUUUUUCCGGUGGUACAAUCAGUACUAGUAAUGCUAAUGCAGCAGGGAAGCUCAAGUACGUAUAUAUACAUGUGCCGGCCACUCCUCCUGCACCUGCUAGCGCGAUUACAUUCAUACAUUCAGUAUUUAUUAAUUAUACAUUCUUCUUCGGCUUAAAAUUAAUUAAUUGCAGAGUUGCUGAUGAUAAUGCACCACCACUAGUACAGUCCCAAAUAGAAUGCUCAAAUGCACCCAGGCCGGAGGAUUUUGUUAGCUCGGCAGCAGCAGCUGCUGGUAAUACUACAAACGAACUGGCACAUUCAAGGCCGGUAGUCGUAGCAUUCCGUCUUGACAAACACGACGACAAGGUCAUCAAGAUCGAGGAGAGGCUUGCUUCUGGAGCCCGCGUUACCAUAUCCAGUAGCACUGUGCACCCAGCUGCAGGUGGCUUGGCUUGUUCCUCUAAUUAUCAACUCCAUCGUCGUCGUCACAGUGGCGGCCUUGCUUAAUUAUUUUCCUCCACUAUUUCGCUGUCAAACUCAAAUGUACCGUCCACAGCACAUCUUCCACGAAAAUAAUAAUAAUAAUAAGCUGUUCUGGUAGAGUCACACAACCAGAUCGAUGUCUCUUCUUAUACCUUCAAAAAGAAGCUACAAUUAAGCUUUAUGUAUGUGCCAAUAAGCUAUCGUC